CUUGGGCAGCGCGCCCUGCCUCUUGACAGCCCUCUGGGUUUGGUCGGCUGGAGCGCGCGGAGAAAGGACCGGGCGGAGUGCGGGCUCCCAUUCGGGCAAGAGGGCCCCCGGUCAGGGAGAGGCGGCGCUGCGGCUGCGGCUGGGUAAACGUCAACAGACGUGAUUGAGAGAGAGAGACAUGUCAGUGCCAUUCCGGAAAGAGUUGGAGAAAUACAAAAAUAUCAAUGAAGAUGAAAUUCUCAACAAACUCUCUGAGGAUGAACUAAAACAGCUAGAGAAUGUUCUUGAUGACCUAGACCCAGAGAAUGCACUUCUGCCAGCAGGCUUUCGACAGAAAGAUCAAACCAGUAAACCUGCCACGGGGCCUUUUGACAGAGAGCGGCUAUUGUCGUAUUUGGAGAAACAAGCAUUGGAGCACAAAGACAGAGAAGAUAUUGUACCCUUUACUGGAGAAAAGAAAGGAAAGGCAUUUGUGCCCAAAGAGAGACCAAUAGAAACCCGGACAGAAAAGAAGGUGACUCUGGAUCCAGAAUUAGAGGAAGCCCUGGCCAGUGCCUCCGAUACUGAGCUGUAUGAUCUAGCAGCUGUCCUUGGAGUACAUAACUUGGUCAACAACCCUAAGUUUGAUGAAGGAACCACCAGUCAAGAUGGCAAAGGAAUUGUGAAAAAUGUGGUUAAAGGUGAAAAGGUCAAGCCUGUUUUUGAAGAACCGCCUAACCCAACCAAUGUUGAAGCCUGUUUGCAAAGAAUUAAGGCAAAUGAUCCCACUCUCCAGGAAGUCAAUCUGAACAACAUAAAGAAUAUCCCAAUCCCAACUCUGAAAGAGUUUGCAAAGGCUUUGGAAACCAAUAAUCACGUGAAGAAAUUCAGCCUGGCAGCUACCCGGAGCAAUGAUCCUGUUGCGAUGGCUUUUGCAGAUAUGUUAAAAGUAAACAAGACACUGAAAAGUCUAAAUGUAGAAUCCAAUUUUAUUACUGGGACAGGCAUUCUCGCUUUGAUUGAUGCUCUGAAAGGAAAUGAAAUACUGACAGAAAUCAAAAUUGACAAUCAGAGACAACAGCUUGGCACAGCAGUGGAGAUGGAGAUUGCUCAGAUGCUGGAGGAGAACUCGCAGAUUCUCAAAUUUGGGUACCAGUUUACAAAGCAAGGCCCAAGAACCAGGGUAGCAGCAGCCAUCACUAAAAAUAACGAUCUAGUUCGCAAGAAACGUGUGGAAGAACGCCAUUAGUCUCCUCUCUGAGGAUGUGAACGAAGAGAGUUGUUUUAUCACCAUCUCAGAAAAUUCACUGAUUUAAGGGGAAGAUACUGGAAAGGCUAUUUAGAAUGAGACUGCUCAUGUUCCAUUACCUCAAUUAACCCCUCCCUGCUUUUUGAACACCAUAAUCCAGCCUAAUUUUCUCUUUCCCAGCAAUCUACAAUCAUGCUCUGAAUGGAGGACCAAUUGAAACUUGGUAUCAAAGAGGGAACAGCUGCAAGUUAGUCCCCCCCACCCCCGUGCUAAUCCAUGAGUGACUAGGAAAUUUUCCUGCACAAACCCCACUGAAACAAAUGGAAACUGUUCAGUGGAUUGUGCCUUCUGUGUCAUACAAACCACCACCUCCUCUUGACUCAUAGUAAGCCUAGAUCUGCUCUUUGUUUCCUACUAUCUUUCUAGGGCUUUGUGCAAGUAAUAAUGAAAGGGACCAAGAGGUCAUUUUAAAACAACUUCUCAUGCCAAGGUGGAACUGUCCUUAUACCAGCACACUCUGCCAAACAAAUCAGUCUUCAGAUUCCAGACUACAAUGAGCCAUAAGCUAGACAGUAGAUAUACUGCAAGUAUUGCAUCCUGAGCAGAUAACUGGAGACAAAUCUCACAAUAGGCUUUGUUCAUAUCAAAUUAUGAUUUUCAUUAACCUUACCUUAGAACACACUGUAGGAUCUAACAUUCAGGACUGAUUCACAUAAGAUGCAACACCAUAAUAUAAUUUCCUUAGUGCUGUACUUAUUAGUGUAUGUGUAAAUAUCCCACUACAGCAUUGUGUUACGUGUGAAGCUAGGCCACUACAGGCUAAUUCAACAAACCAUGGUUUAAAAAUUCUGGAUUAACAUUAUGCAUGAAUGCAGUUACAGCCAAGCCAAAAUUGGAACUAGGGUACUUGUUAGCAUUCCUUUUCUUUAUAUUUAGCAAAUCAUGCUUUAGCUGCGCUUAUCUUUCACAUCGACUAGACUGUUCUGUUUUUCUGAGGACAGAGCAAAUCCUCUAAGGAAAAUAUGCUAAUUUAUCCAUUGCAUAGUAUCAUAAUUAGCACAAUCCAUGGUUUGAAAACCUUUUUCAAUCAUGGCUGCUGAUUCUAGCUUUCUGGCUGACUGCAAAUCAUUGCUUAGUUAAGUCAGUCCUAGCCAUGGUUUGUCUUGAUAUGAACUGAGACAAUAAGCUACACAUUGUAUGGUAGAACGCAGCUGUCCUCCAAAACGGGGUCAUCCAGAGAAUAUUGUUUCCUGAACAUAAAUACUAGAGCCAUUCAGACAAUGGCUCCAUUUCUGCAUGGUUGCAAGGACUGUCUACAACUACCUGUUCACAUAUGUUACUAUUAGGUGAACCGGAUUCCUCAUCCAAUUUGCCAACCUAAAACAGCUUCAGGUGACCUUUUAUUUUUAAAUUAUUUGUUGGUGUGUGCAUAUUAUGUGUUUUAAUAGGAGACCAGAAUAAUUACUAACAGCCUAUUUGAUGUAUAUGAGAGUUCUAAUAAUAAUGUUGUGUUUGUCAAGUUGCUUUUAAGUUUGUUUUAAUUCCUGAUAGUGGACAUUUAUUAUUACUAUUGGCCACUGGAUUCAGUGAUUCCUAGAUAGUGAGUGUAAACUCAUCAGUCACUAUAGGAGAUUGGUGAGAGGCAUUUCGUAUCUAUGUCUCCUAGGAAACAAACUCUUUCAAAUGGAUUUAUUCUCAGAUCAGAAAACCCCACAUUCCAACUUAAGUUACCAGGUUAUAAAAGAAAACCAUAAGUGAACGAUGCAGAGCACAAAAGGCAAAGAGGAAAUUCCUCACUGGGGUUUCCUGAAUAAAGACAUAGUGCCAUUAAUGGGACCCUCCUCUAUGAAUUUUUAGAAUUGCUGCCUCAGUUAAAAAUUGUUAAAAGUAUUUAGUGCUGCACACAUCAUGUUAUAUCGGGAAAAAUAGUAAAAAAAAUGACUUUUUUGCACGGUACAGAAAUUAAGCUGAAAAGGUAAUUACUGAUGUGAAGUCAGCAGGUAAAAUUGCACCAUAAUGUGUGAAAAAACCCUUAGGACCUCUUUGUCCUAUUUACAUUUUUGUCUCAGAAAUCAGCACACAUUCUAGGUGACAGAACCACAAUAGUGAAAGCAACCCAAUAUUAUUUUUGUUUGGAGAUUAUGAAAAAAGAAUUUAAGUUUUAUAAUGUAACUUAGCUCUUUAAGGAAUGAAGACAUUGCUUUGUAAUACACCUUGUUAUUAUUUGCAUUUUCAUUUACAUCUAAAAUAGGUAAUUGUGAAUUAUAGGCAAUUAUUAAUAUUAAAAAUCCUUCAUCUGAAAAAUAUACUGAUUCCUGACUCCACCUUCCUUCUCCAAUUUCAAAGAUCAUCUCUUAAGUUAGUGCCGUUGCCUCUCAUGAGAAAUUAUUAAGAAACCUACC